AAGAAGAAAAGCAGCAAGCUAGCAGAAGCACGCCAAGAACUUGAGGAUAAGGACUCAUCUGAACAUCCCUUUACAUGGCCUGCAUUCACAGAUCUAGUCUACUCAGCAGACAGCUCUAUCAACCUCAAGGCUCAGAACACUCGGAUUCAGAAGGUGUUGAAGACCACUGUCUUAGAACUCAAGAAAGCCUCUAUCUUCAACAAUGGAUUUCCCAACAUCACUCAGAAGCGAAAGAUGGUCUCUCGAAGCAGUUCAUAACGCUGCUGGGAAGCAUAAGGAAUACGCGAUAUUAAAGAGGGUCAAGCAUGACUUUGAUUAUGCAGUGGCUCUGGCCGGAGUUGUAUCCGGAGGGCCGGCUAGCUCCUUCCAUACCAAUCUCAAGAAACUCGCACAUCAGAUUGUGGUUUCUCAUUUUGCGCUCAAGAAAGGCUGCGCUGAGGAGGUAGAAGACCUUAUCAAGAGUCACAAGUAUAUUUUUCCAACCGACGCCAAGGGUAAGGUCCUUGGGGACCAAUUGUUUUGUGACGAGUCUAUGACUGACACCAUGCAAUUAUCAUUUUUCGAUGGCGAGGACUCAAUUGGUGUCCAGUCCUGCGAGGAUUUUGUUUCUGUCUUGGAUGGAAAUGAUGAGCCGGAGCUACCUGUUGCCAUGAUUUACUCAAUAUUGAAGGAUUGGAGCAGCGGGAACCCACCCUUGAGCACACAAGUCAAAUCGUUUAAUUCCUCCUUCCACAUCAGUGUUUACAAGGCUCACCAAGCGACUCUCAUGCGCAUAUUUGAUGGCAGUCAAAAAGAAGUACCAUGUACUGAUGGCGCAUCUCUACAAGGCAGUCAGCGCAGUAGAGAGCUCAGAGCCUGCUGGUUCAUUGGACACCUGUGAUUACCUUGAUCUCGACGCAAUGGGUGAAGAUUAAUCUCGAGUCAUUUAUACAUACUGGUGCUUU